AUGCAGUCUGCCAUUGAGGACAGGAGCCUUACAGAUGACUUCAAUAUAGGACCAUGUGCAGCCGCGACGAGGACAAAGGAUAAUGUGAUGAGUGGGGAUCGUCAGCGACAGCGGGCACGCCUCGAAGCCACAUCAGAUAUUAAAUCGCCUGAGUGUUGGGGGCAACAACGGGCUAGAUAUCGGCCCACUUGUGUGUCCUGGGACUCUGGAUACUCCCCGUGUGUGGCCGAGCCGCCGCAACGCAUGUGGCUGAUGCUUUGGGCCAUCAUUGCUGACAACAAUAUCAGCGUGGCAGCAGGGACACGAACAACAACUGCAAACAAAUACGAAGAAGAACGAAUAUAUUAUUUUAUGUGUUAG